GCUGCUGUAGAGGAGCUGAAAUUCCUCACUAGAGUUUCCGCAGCCGUGCAUCUCGAAAGGGGCGGCUUUUCUGAGCGGGUCUGUGGGCGUUCGGGCGCUGCUGGACGGGGGUUCUGCGUACCUGCGUUAGUUCUAGCUAGUUUUAGUUGUUCUUUAACUCCGCAGGAGCGCGGCGUUCUUCGGCUCCGAGCGCCAUAUGCUCCUCCAUCGAUGCGAGCGGGGCUGUAAUGUGGGUAGAGAUGCCAGUUUCGGGGUUUAGAGGUCCAGUUCGGGGCUGAAUGGUGAUUAAAAGCGGAGGAGAACAUGUCUAGACGGGGGAGAAGCAGUGAAGUGUGCGCGGACUGUGGUUUACCAGAUCCACACUGGGCGUCGGUGAACAGAGCGGUGCUGAUCUGUGAUCAGUGUUGCAGUGUGCAUCGCAGUCUUGGACGCCACAGCUCACAAAUACGCCACCUCGUACGCACCUCCUGGCCUCCAACACAGCUACAAAUGGUCCAGGCGUUGUAUAAUAAUGGAUCGAACGCUAUCUGGGAGCAGUCUCUGCUGGACUCGGCCUCAACAACGAGCGGCAAGAGGAAGGCCAGUCCUCAGGAUAAACUCCACCCGAACAAAGCUGAGUUUAUAAGAGCCAAAUAUCAAAUGCUGGCUUUCGUCCAUCGGGCACCCUGUCGCGAUGAGGACAGUUGUACUGCUAAGGACCUGAGCAAGCAACUUCACUCCAGUGUCCGGACAGGUAAUCUGGACACGUGUCUGCGGUUACUCUCACUUGGAGCUCAAGCCAACUUCUUCCAUCCGGAGAAAGGCACCACGCCGCUGCAUGUUGCGGCUAAAGCAGGGCAGGUGUCGCAGGUGGAGCUGCUCUCGGUGUAUGGAGCCGACCCUGGAGCUCCAGACGCCAACGGAAACACACCCAUAGAGUACGCAAGACAGGCCGGCCACCUGGACCUGGCAGAUCGUCUGGUGGAAAUUCAGUAUGAACUGACCGACCGACUGGCCUUUUACCUGUGUGGCCGUAAGCCAGAUCAUAAGAAUGGACAACACUUCAUUAUCCCGCAGCUGGCCGACAGAAAUGUCAGCCAAGAUUUAACAGAGGUGGCCAAGGCCGCAAAAAGAAAACUACAGUCGCUCAGUAACCACCUGUUUGAGGAGCUGGCGAUGGAUGUGUAUGAUGAGGUGGACAGAAGAGAAACAGAUGCUGUUUGGUUGACCACUCAGAGCCACAGCACCUUGAUGACUGAAGCCGUGCUCGUGCCUUUCCUUCCUGUAAACCCAGAAUACUCCUCUACACGAAACCAGGGAAGACAAAAACUUGCCCGAUUCAACGCUCACGAGUUUGCAACUCUGAUCAUCGACAUACUGAGUGAUGCGAUGCGCCGUCAGCAGGGGAGCUCAGCCACGAUUCCUAAAGACGAGCUGACCCUAAAGCGCUCGAGCAGUCGGCACGCAAGCGAAAGCCAAGAUGCCGAUCAACACGACUACGACAGCGUGGCUUCAGACGAGGACACGGACAUCGAAGCUCAUUCUCUGAAAAUGGGCCGAGCUAAGAGUCUGGACUCUGACGUGUCGGACGGUCCAGUGACUGUGCAGGAGUUUUUGGAGGUGAAGAACGCUCUGACGGCCUCCGAGGCCAAAAUCCAGCAGCUGGUGAAGGCCAACGUCACGCUGAGCGAGGAGCUGCGGCUCCUGCAGAAAAAGCUUCGCUCUCUGCAAAGUGAGAACAGCUCUCUCAGAUGCCAGACUUCAGCUGAGCCUCCUUGUCAGACCCCAAGAGCUCCUGAAACCCCUAAUCACGCCGUACCGCCGCCCUCCUUCACCCUGAAAAGUCGCCCCAUAACUAUGUAUGAGACGAGCUUAGGUCUGAGGCCUUUUCUCAAAGCAGAGAUGUCUCAGCUCGAGGAGCUUCCCUCCCUGCAACCCUUCCUAAUAAAUCUGGGACAGGGUGCAUUUACCGCACCCUCUUUGUCCGCCUCCCUCCCCUUGUCCAUGUCCUCGUCCCGGACCAUGUACUGGCCUCAGAUGGCGGAGCUCCCACCCUUGUCAUCCUCUCUUCCUCCUUCGCUCCUCUCGUCUGUCUCCUCCUCUGCUCUCCAGCCAUCCUCUGGCUGCUGCUGUCACCUGGUCUCUAAGGCUGAUAAGCAGAGCAGUGACGGUGACUAUGACAACACAGUCCACGACUCAGAACUGGAGGAUUCUGGCAGGCUGCGAGUCAUUGGCUGGGGGGAGGAGCCAGAUGAUCUGGAGGCGGAGCCUAGCCUUGCGCUCCCCACCACUGAGGACGUGAUCCGCAAAACAGAGCAGAUUACUAAAAACAUCCAGGAGCUCCUGAAAGCUGCCCAGGACAGCCAGCAGGACAGCAGGCUGUGUGAGCCGCGGGACAGCGUGCGGAGGCUCCGGCACAGUCUGGGCUGUUUCAGUACCCUCAUGCCCUGGGCCGAAAAGCCCCCCUCCCCCAUGCAGCCUUUUGGUCUCCGUGGCUCCGGAACGUCCAGCAACCCCAAAACCCCCAACAACCUUGUCAAUCCCAUCAGCCCCAGCAACCCGGCCUCCUGCUUUGUAUCCUGUGCAGAAAGAAUACACAUGGCUGUAAGUGACAUGCUGGCUUUAUUUCCCAAGAAGCCGCGCUCGGAGAGGGUUCGUGGCUCUUUGAGGUCGCUGAAGUCCAAUGCCCACCGGCUGCAGGUCCAGUGCAGGAAAACGUCCAAUCCAGACAGCAUCUUCACGCAGCAGGUCAUCCAGUGUGCCUACGACAUCGCCAAGGCCGCCAAGCAACUUGUAACCAUAACAACCAAAGAGAACAGCAUCUGAUCCAGCCUCCUUCUGGAAACCAAAACCUACAAGCGCCACUCAUUCCUCUCCCUGCAGCCUCAGGCUGACUUGUGUGGAUUUUUUCUAGCUUAUAAAAUCAGUUUAUUUUGUAUUUUA